AUGCCUUACUGCCUCUCAGUUUCUGUCCUCUCAAGCUCGCCUCUUCCCUCUCUAAGGCCCUCGCGCCAGCCUCCGCCUUUCCUUUUCUCCAGGGUUUUGGUGAUUUUGGGUUUAGGUAUAGAAUCAGUUCAUCAGUGGCAGGGAGAGGUAAGAUUUCCAUCUUACCUGGAAAUCUUAGAGGGAUUCUAUUUGCUGACGAUAAGGAUCAGAAUUUGGAUCCCUCACUUUUGUUGGCACAAUGUUUCAAUUAGCUGCAUAAAGCCUCCUUUCACUCCUCGUUCUUGCUUUCAAAGACGCUGCUGGUAA